AUGGAAGGAAUACGACGAACCAUUCCGCGAUCGGCUCGACGAACGCCAGCACGCCAGGACGUGUCGCAGUUCCCAGCCACGCCCCGCACACCCGCAUCCCAGAAAACUAUUUUCAGUCCAGAGCGGUACGCACCCGCGUUUCGAAGUUCUCAGAAUGAGCCUGCCAAGAUAGAACCCCAAGCUUUGCCGCCGAUCCGAACCGGCGUGGAAGCCCUUUCCCCCUCACCAUCAGUACCAACGCUCGCCUACGCACCGGCACCGUUGACAACGGUCCGAUGGCUUCCUGCUCCAGGCCGUGACGCGAUCGCAGCUGUGGGAACUGGCGAUGGAGCACCAGAUGCAGAUUUUCUGAGUUUGUAUCGCGUCUCCACAAGAGGUGGAGAUGUCAGUGCCACCGUGGCGAGGGAUAUUGACCACCCUGGGAAAGUAUUACGGAUUGCGUCCAGCUUGUCAUCUGAGACCUUGUUCGUGGGUUCGUCUGAUGGAUCAAUAAGGACCCUGUCCUUGGACUCUUGGGAAACAUCGAGUCUGGAAACCCUGUCGGUGAUGCCAAGGCGUGCAGCCCGACCGGAACUUGUCACUGGAGUGGCACCUGUGGUAAACGGAAGAGUCGCUGCAUUGGGUGGAGACGGUACAUUCAUCGUCGUAGAUGUUAGUCGCUGCCAAGAAAUAGGCAGAGCAGAAAUGGCAGAUCCAGUUGGAUUUUUCGAUGGCACAGCUGUCGAUGCCGAGGCAGGAAAUGAAGUGGUUAGUGCGGGGGCAGGUUGCGAGGUUUGUGUGUGGGAUACACGCAUCAUACAAACGGGACGCGGAAACGUACAGACCCUGGGUCAUCCUACUCCUGGAGUGGCUACCAGAUGCGUGACAACAGAUCCAGCGCAGCCACACUUCGUCAUCGGAGGUACCAGAAACGGAGAACUAUGUACUUGGGACAGAAGGGGAACUGAGCCGUUCCCCUUAAAUCGAGUCGCAAUGCAUGAUGGCGUAGUUUGGGAGACUCGAGUUGUGAGCUCGUCCAAACCGGGACUCCUGCUGAGUUGCGGUGAGGACUCGAAAGUCUGGCUCAUGGAUUUUGCUGCUGCUGCCAGCAGAGACUCGGCUAUGGGAUCUGAGAGUGGUGAAUUCUGGAGAUCCAUGAUCACGCAGAGUGAUGUGAGAAAUGUUGUCGGGUGGGACAGCGCUCUCGGAAUCAAUGGAAUUGACGCACACCCCACUGCAGACCUAUACGCCUACGCAUCUGACUCUGGUGCGGUGGCGUUUGGCUGCCUCUACUCCUAA